AUGGCUCCUAAACCGACAAAGCGGAGUGCCGCUGAGGACGACGAUUUUGUCCUGACGCUGUCCGACGACGAAAAUAUUCCCCGCUUCGACGACGACGAGGAAGAAAACGACGAGAUUGACGGAAAGGAAUCGACAGUCGACAACAAGAAGCGCAAGCGUGAGGCCGAGACUCCCAAGUCCAAGAACAAGAAACAAAAGCAACAAGCCAAGAAUGUGAAGGGCAAGAAGGGUAAGGCCGAGCCUGUGCCCGAGGGGUCAGAGGAAGAGGAAGAGGACGAGGAAGAGGAUGGAAUGGGCGCAGGGGAUGACGAUGGUGCUCUGAACCCCGACUUCGAGUUUGACGUCGGUGGUGUUGCCAAUCGCGGCGUGACGGAGGGCUUUGAUGGCUGGGGUCUCGACGACUCUAGACAAAAAGGCGGGGACAAAAAGGCGGUGGAUAUCGACGACAUUAUCUCACGACGAAACGCAAAGAAGGAGGCUGCGGCUUCCAAGAAGCAAAAGAAUGCCGCGGCUCAAAAAGAGGAGAGCGACGAGGACUCCGACGAUGAGGAGGUCAGCGGUGACGUGAACGUGGAUUUUGACGACGAUGAGCUUAUGGCAGACGACGGUUUUGGCAUGGGCGUGGACCAGGAUGAAGAGGAGAGUGAGGCUGAAGGUCCUGAAGUCGGCUCUGGCGCCGAAGACAGCGAAGAUGAAGGAGAGGAGGACCAAGACUCUGACGACGACGCUGCCUCCGAUAACGACUCUGUCGCUACCCCUGUCGGCCACCCUGACGACAGAGGCAUGGACCGCGAUGACUCCGACGCCGAGAGUGAGGUGGACGAGGAAGAGCAAGAAAAACGCAAGGCUUUCUUUGCUCCCGAAGAAAAGACCGACGAAAAGAGCGCGGCGGCGGCGGCUAAGAGCACCUUCCAAGACUUCAACCUCUCUCGUCCCAUUCUACGAGGAUUGGCCUCGGUUGGAUUCACAGACCCUACACCUAUUCAGCGGAAGACCGUCCCCGUUGCCCUAUUGGGUAAAGAUAUCGUCGGUAGUGCCGUGACCGGUUCAGGAAAGACUGGUGCCUUCAUUGUCCCCAUCCUAGAACGUUUGCUCUUCCGCCCUCGCAAGACUCCUACCAGCCGUGUUGCGAUCUUGAUGCCUACUCGUGAAUUGGCUGUUCAGUGUUAUAAUGUCGCCGUCAAGCUCGCCACUUUCACCGAUAUCACCUUCUGUCAGCUGGUCGGUGGUUUCAGUCUGCGUGAGCAGGAAAACAUUCUCAAGAAGCGCCCCGACGUGAUUAUUGCUACGCCUGGUCGUUUCAUUGAUCACAUGCGCAACUCGCCCAGCUUUACUGUUGAUACCUUGGAGAUCUUGGUUCUCGAUGAAGCCGAUCGUAUGCUGGAGGAUGGAUUCGCGGACGAGUUGAACGAAAUUCUCACAACGAUCCCCAAGUCGCGACAGACCAUGCUAUUUUCCGCCACCAUGACCGACACUGUCGACAAGCUGAUCCGUGUUGGAUUGAAUCGCCCCGUCCGACUGCAGGUCGACGCCAAAAAGCAGACCGCGGUGACGCUGACCCAAGAGUUUGUUCGUCUUCGCCCCGGUCGCGAAGAUAAGCGACUGGGUUACCUUUUGCAUCUGUGCAAGGAGAUCUUCACCGGACGCGUCAUCAUUUUUUUCCGCCAAAAGAAGGAAGCGCAUCGGGUGCGCAUCAUUUUUGGACUGCUGGGAUUGAAGGCUGCUGAACUGCACGGUAGCAUGAGCCAAGAACAGCGUAUUAAAAGCGUGGAAAAUUUCCGUGAUGGCAAGGUGGCCUUCCUUCUGGCUACGGAUCUGGCCUCUCGUGGUCUGGAUAUCAAGGGUGUGGAGACAGUGAUCAACUACGAGGCCCCACAGAGCCACGAGAUCUACCUACACCGUGUCGGUCGUACCGCCCGUGCUGGUCGAUCCGGUCGUGCCUGCACGAUCGCGGCCGAGCCCGACCGCAAAGUGGUGAAGGCCGCCGUCAAGGCCGGCAAGGCGCAGGGCGCCAAGAUUGUGAGCCGGGUCGUGGAGAUUUCGAUUGCGGACGACUGGGCCCAAAAGGCCGAGGAUCUCGCUGGGGAAGUCGAGGAGGUGCUAGAGGAGGAGAAGCUCGAGAAGCAGAUGGCGCAGGCCGACAUGCAGGUCACCAAGGGCGAGAACCUGAUGAAGCAUGGGGCGGAGAUCAUGUCCCGCCCGAAGCGUACCUGGUUCGAGACAGAGCAACAGAAACGCGCUGCCAAAAAGCUGGGACGGGCGGAACUGAACGGACCGCCGGAUGUGCCCAGCAAGAAGGAUAAGAUCAAGCUGAGCAACAAGGAUAAGAAGCGCAUGGACGAUGCAAAGAUGCGCCAUGAGGGGAACAUCGGGUUAAGUGUAACGGAGCUAGUCCGUCAUGUUCACGAUGUGCCGCCAGAGGCGAGAGCUCCCACUCUAUCCUAUACCAAGCAGCUCGAGUCUCGAGUCGCCCAGCUGGAGGAUGCGCUGGCCAAGCAGCAGGCCGAUGUGGAUACGCGCAAGGUGAGCUCGCCAGCGUCGGUAGCCGAGUCCAGUUCCAGCGCCGGCCGCAAGAUCAAGACCGAAGACGAUGGCCAGGAGUUGGCCCGCGAUUUUGAUGGCCUGAACGUCGAAAACGACGGGCGCAUCUCCUUCCACGGCCCCACCAGUUUGUUCCAACUUCCCAGCGGGCUGGUGAACGAGAGCGCGUCGACGUCCCAUUUUGCACAGGAAAUCGAGGCCCGGAAGGAGCGACUGAUCAACAGUGCGUGGCGAGAACGGGCCUUCGAGCAGAUGGCUGCAAUGCCGGAGCCGUUUCAAUAUCUCCUUGAUUCCCAUUGGUGCUGGAUUCAGCCACUUUUCAACUUUGUCUACCGUCCGGCCUUUACACGAGACAUGAAAAUCCAUGGACCUUACUACUCCGAUAUCCUAAUGAACGCCAUUCUCUCUCACUCGGUACGAUGGUGCAAGGCAGAACCUCAGAUCGGUCCGCUGCUGGACUCCUUCGAAGGCGGUGCGUUGUUUUAUCAGCGUGCGGUGUCCGGGCUGCACGACUCACUCAAAGUUGGUUAUGCGGGCAUCCCAACGAUCCAAACACUGCUGCUCCUCAGCGCCCAGGAAUGUGGUCGCGGAAAUCGGACCCAAGCCUGGCUAUACAGUGGCAUGGCAUUCCGUUUACUGGACGAUCUAGGCAUCUCAAUUGACAGUCGCAAGUAUCCCGGAGCGGCACAGCUCAGCGACGAAGAUGUCGAAAUACGCAACCGACUUUUCUGGAGUUGCUAUUUCUGGGAUAAGAUCGUCUCAUUAUACUUUGGUCGGGCACCAACCAUGCAACACUCGCGCAUCGAGAUCUGGACUCCUCACGGCGUGAGCUUCCCUGACGGGGCGCACUAUCCGCCCACACAAGCCCAUUCCACUUCGUGCUUCAUGAAGAUGUGCGGACUGGCAGAGAUACUCAACCAGAUCUUGGUCCAUAUUUAUGACCCCAUGCGUCAAAAUACCGAGGCAGAAUUUUUCGACUGUGUGCAGGAGCAGUCCAGGAACCUGAGUGACUGGUGGGAUGAUCUACCGGACUACUUGAAGCUUUUAGCUACCGAACUACCGCCAUAUUGCCCUCCCAGCCACAUAAUGACCUUGAACUGCCUAUAUCACACGAUCAAUAUCCUGCUUCACCGUCCGAUACUUUGCUCUCGCAGUCUGCUCAAGACUCGCCAAGAUUCCUAUGACACAAACCACCUAGUACAGUGCAUGGCCUCGGCGACGACCAUUCUAUCAUUAUAUGAUCUGUACCGCCGGACAUUCGGCGACAACCACGUUGUUUUGUCUCUGGCGUACAGCAUCUACACGGCGGCCUCGAUCUUCCUCCUCGAAAUUCAAGCCCUGAAGUACGCCGCUCCAGGCACCCUAGACAAGCUCAAGUUUUGUGUCUUUGCCCUGGAGCGCGUCAAAAUCUCCAAUCCCGUCAUCACAACCGCUCUCGACCUUGUAUACCUAGAGGUCCAAAAACUCCAGAUCGACAUUGGUAUUAAUCGACCUGCCUCCACUGAGAAACAACACCAAUCUCAGCCCCAACAGCAACAACAACCGCCACCCCGAACACAUACGAGUCAGUCCCCAUCCGUGGAGAGUAACCCCUCUCGCCACGUCUCUCCAGGCCAGCAACAUCAGCACCAGCUUCAACAAAGCCGCGCAACCAUGGGCACUCAACCGACCACCACAGCACCGAACACAACUGCCUCAAUGAUGCCUGGAUACAAUGCUUUCCAGCAGCAACCGGUGUCCACCUUCGAUCUCUCGCAGAUGAACGAGAUGCCACAGAUGCCGGCAACACAUCUAUUAGGUGGAAUGCCCAAUGCUGUGAUGACGGUUGAUGAUCCCGGAUCAUACGAAAUCACACCGGAAGUCUUCGAGGCAUUUUCGUAUGCACAGCCCAUCACGACGAAUGUGGCUUCGUUUGAGACGAACUGGGCUGGUCAGACUUAA